AAACUGUCGUUAAAUUAUUGAUGCUAAAUCGGGAUUUGCUUUGCAAAUGUGUUUAGCUAGCUAGCUCACUAUAAAGUCAGCCUUGGCGUAUGUUAUUUAAAAGUAGACAGAUCACUGACUUUUCAAAUCAAUAUUGCUAGUUAAUGCUAAACUGCUAGUGUGAGAUUACCUACAAGGUAACAGCCAGAUAGUAAGUAAUACAAGCUAGCUAACGCGUAAUAUUUGUAACGGGUUGUUAGCCAGUGGCAGCUAACUAGCGAUACAAUUUAGACGAAUGUAUUAUUGACUAACGUUAUAGUUUGUCAUUAUUAGACUUAAAUCGGGGAGAUCGAGGAUGUGAUCAUGAUUUUGUGAUAUGAAAACUCUUAGGCCUACCUGUACCGCUAUGUCUGUCCGGUACAACUGCAGUCCUUCCGUGGGGUGAUGAAAUUCAUACUUUUAAUAAACACCUAUCUUGUACAACCACCAAGCUUUCCUUAGCGCGAAUGCGCUUGUGCCAAUUGAAUCUCAGUUUAUGUAGCGAACGUUAAAUGUCACGUCUCCAGUUAAGAAACACAAAUGAGGAAAAACUCGGUGGUAUGCGAUACGUUUCUAUUAAAGUAUGAAUUCCAGCACCCCGCGGAAGGACCGCAGUUCUACAGGACAAACAUAGCGGUACAGCUGGCCCCACCAAUUCCUACCAUCAUGCCUGCUCUACUAGAGAGGCCUAAACUGUCCAAUGCCAUGGCACGCGCCCUGCACAAGCACAUCAUGCGAGAGCGAGACCGCAAGAGACAAGAGGAAGAAGAAGUAGACAAAAUGAUGGAGCAGAAGCAGAAGGAGGAGGAGGAAAGGAAGAGAAAGAAAGAGGUGGAGGAGAGAAUGUCUUUAGAUGAGACGAAAGAGCAGAUCAUGAAGAUGGGGGAGAAGCUACAGGGGCUACAAGAGGAGAAACACCAGCUCUUCCUCCAGUUGAAGAAAGUGCUCCAUGAGGAGGAGAAGAGACGGAGGAAAGAACAGAGUGACAUGACAACCCUGACAUCUGCUACGUACCAGCCCAGCAUGGCUAUCCACUCAGGACAACAUCUGCUUAGCAUGCAAGCAGGUCAAGUGAGUCAUGGCCGGUCUGCUGCUCUGCUUGGAGAACGCAGUAAACAGCUCUUCCAGUCCCCUGUCCUUCCUGGGCGUCACUACCAGAGCCAGCCAGGGAUGAGCUCUGUGGGCGCCGAGCAUGGGCAAUAUUCAGCCAGCCAGGCAGCCCAUGGCCCCUACGGCCAGCUCACCCAGGCACAGCACGCCUCUCCCUUCGCCACCAGCCAGCAUGUCCCUGUCAGCUACGCCAGCAGCUCACAGCUCAGAGGUGCCUCAGCGUUCCAGGCCAUGCAGUACCUGCCUCACCAGCAGCAGGGCUACGCUGUACACAGCCACUUUACCUCUCAGCCAGGAUUAAUCCCCAGUGCUGGGAUCCCUCUACAGAAGCAGCUUGAACAUGCUAAUCAACAAUCUGGUUUCACUGACUCUAGUACUCUACGGCCCAUGCACCCUCAGACUCUUCAUGCCUGUGCUGCAGGCCUGCUGCCUACCCCCUCCCUCGCAGUGCAGAUCCCUGCUGCCAAGUCUGGCUUACCGUAUGCCCAUCCCCCCCGUCCAGCCUCUCCGGGAAGCUUUACCCAUGGAACACCUCCACAGCAGGCUCACCCAAGCCACAGGAUCGGGAAGUUAGACCUCUAACCCAUCGGGAGAAAUCCCAACAAUCCAGCAGACCCAAUCUGACAACGUUUCAGAGCUCUCCUCAACCCACCCCUCGGCAUGCCUACCUCUCCCACAGCCAAUCAGGACAGAGGUUCUACCACCACAACAAGUAACACCCACCACCAGCAAUUACUGAAGGGCAUCAUUCUCCACACAGUUUGUCUUCAACUGCUAACAUAGUACAUCAAUGCAGUUUCUUCUGCGAAAAGACUCUACUGUCAGUAUAUAUAAGCAUGUUUUUUUUUCCUAUAUUAGUAUUUCAGUAGAAUCAAUCAUGACAUAACAUGAGAGAAUUUGUAUAUUCAGAACAAUGGUGCUGUUUACAUUGUUGAUGUAUUACCAAAUUAAACCAAUCUUAAAUGCUCUGUGCUCCUCACUUUUUACUGAUAAUAAAAGCCUCUUAAAAUA